CCUUUGUCUUUCUGCCUUCAGAGCCUUGGGAAGCAGCCCUUGUCACACAAGCCCCAAAAAGGACACUGUCCAUGCAGAAAGCUGAAGACAGCCCAGCUGAAGUGAGGCAUCUGGGCUAGACCAUGGCUGUGGUCUUGGACUCUCGGUCCCAGGCCUCUCCCCCAUCAGAGGCUGAAGACCUCCUGAUUGUGAAACUGGAAGAGGACUCUUGGGACUCGGACCCCAAACUCCUGGACAGGCACCAUGAGCCUGUUCCCGGCCCUGAGGCCUCCCGCCGGCGCUUCCGACAGUUUCAGUACAGGGAUGCGGCUGGGCCCCAUGAGGCCUUCAGCCGGCUCUGGGCUCUCUGUUGUCGUUGGCUGAGGCCAGAGAUCCGCCUCAAAGAGCAGAUCCUGGAGCUGCUGGUGCUGGAGCAGUUCCUGACAAUCCUACCCAGGGAGGUCCAGACCUGGGUGCAGGCGCGCCAUCCCGAGAGUGGGGAGGAAGCGGUAGCUCUGGUGGAGGACUGGCACCGCGAGGCCCGGGCAGCAGGACGGCGGGAACUGGAACUGUGUGCAAAAGAGGCCAAGUCUUUAAAGGCAGUGCGAGAAUCUCAGAGCUUCCAGCUACAGGCAGUAGAUCACUGGCCUGAGGGACCAUCCCAGAAGCAGUGGGUGAAGAAUUCAUGUCGCGAUCUUCCCAAGCAUCUGAAUCCUAAGAUGGCACCACAGCCCUUGAAAGAGAGUGCUAUCCUCACUCCCCAAGUCCCUGCUCUCGCAAAGAUGGGCAGCAUUGGAGAUUGGGAGGUGACAGUCGAGUCCCAGGAAGCCUUGGGUCCCGGCAAGCAAGUGGAGAAGGAGUUCUGUGAGGACACCGUGGGAGAUGACUGUGGGGACCAUGUGUGCCUGGGAGUUCCAGUUUCAAAGGCUAGCAACACCUCACAGCAAGAGCAAGGAUCAGAAUUUUGGGGUUUAAGCCUUGUAAAUUCCACGAAAAGGAACUCUGCAGAUGAUAUCCUGGAUAAUGAACAAGCAAAAGCAGCCCCAGCACUGGCCUGGAAGGACUCAAAGGCCUGGGAGGAACAGUGCCAGUGGGACGUGGAGGACAUGAAGGUAUCAGGCGUUCACUGGGGCUACGAGGAGACCAAGACUUUUUUGGCAAUUUUGAGUGAGUCUCCCUUCUCUGAAAAGCUCCGGACUUGCCACCAAAACCGCCAGGUGUACCGAGCCAUUGCAGAGCGACUAAGAGCUCGGGGCUUCCUACGGACACUAGAGCAGUGUCGUUACAGGGUCAAAAACCUCCUGCGGAACUACCGGAAGGCCAAGAGCAGCCACCCCCCAGGGACCUGUCCUUUCUAUGAGGAGCUGGAGGCCUUGGUGCGGUCUCGGAUGACUGUCAGGGCCACAGGCGGUCCGGGAGAGGCCAUGGCACUGCCCAGGCUGGGGGAUAGUGAUGCAGAGAUGGAUGAGCAGGAGGAAAGAGGCUGGGAACCAGAGGAAACAGCAGAAUGCUGUAACGGUGCAGUCCCAGCCACUGACGAGUCCAGCCAGGGACACAAGAUCUCAGGGCACCCAACGCUGCUACAAAGUCGAAUUGCAGGUGUGCACUGGGGCUAUGAGGAAACCAAGGCCUUCCUGGCAAUCCUCAGUGAAUCUCCAUUCUCUGAGAAGCUCCGCACCUGUCACCAGAACAGCCAGGUGUACCGGGCCAUCGCAGAGCGGCUGUGUGCCCUGGGCUUCCUGCGGACAUUGGAACAGUGUCGCUACCGAUUCAAAAACCUCCUUCGAAGCUAUCGCAAAGCCAAGAGCAGCCAUCCACCUGGGACGUGCCCUUUCUAUGAGGAGCUGGAUUCGCUGAUGAGGGCUCGGAUCGCAGUCAGGGCCCUGGGGGCUGUCCAGGAGAGCACCAGGGGCCACACGGAGGCUGACAGUGUUGAGGUCUGGGGUGAGGUGGCAGGUGGAGAUGCCAUGAGGCCUAAAACUCCAGACACAGGCUUUGAGAUGAGGUGUGAGGAUGAAGAUGAGACUUGGGAGCAGGACAUUCUUGAGGAGUCUCCCGGACACUUAUCACAGUGUAUUCCAGAUGCUGUUUGCCGCGCUCGUGGCUGGGAGGAAGACAGUGACCAUGAGAACAGUGGUGAGGGGGAGUUGGAGGACCCCCCAGAGGAACAGUGGGAGGAGUGUUCAUCUGAAGAGGACUUAGAAAAACUCAUUGACCACCGAGGCCUGUAUCUUGCAGAGAAACCCUACAAGUGUGACAUCUGUGUGAAGAGCUUCAGCCAGAGCUCCCACUUCCUGGCUCACCAGCAGGUGCAUACAAAUGAGAAGGCCCCUAAACGCCUGGUGUGUGGGAAAGGUUUUCAUGACUGCUCCGACCUCAGUACCCAUCAGGGACUCCACACUGGACAGCAACCCUACACAUGCCUCCAGCAUGAGCAGAGCUUUAGCGAUCGCUCCAGUUUGGUCACUCAUCAGAGAAUCCACAUGGGUGAGAAGCUCCAUCAGUGUGGGGAAUGCUGGGAAAGCUUUAACCAGAGCUCGAGCCUUCUGAAGCAUCAGAAGGUCCACUGGGGAGGAGAUCCUGACCAGCGCAGUGAGCCUGGGGAGAGCUCGGGCAGAAGCCCAUCUCGUAGUGCUCACUGGAGGGGCUGCACAGGGGAGACGACUCCCGAGGAAGCUCCAAGUAGCAGGAAGAGCCUGCCACCCAGCACCCACUUAGAAGAGAAACUCUAUCAGUGUUCGGAAUGUGGCAGAAGCUUCUCCAAGAGUUCUGCUCUCAUCAGCCACCAAAGAAUCCACACAGGUGAGAAACCCUACGAGUGUGGCGAGUGUGGGAAGAGCUUCAGCAAGAGCUCCACCCUGGCCAACCACCAGCGGACCCACACCGGGGAGAAGCCGUACAAGUGUGUGGACUGCGGCAAGUGCUUCAGCGAGCGCUCCAAGCUCAUCACGCACCAGAGAGUGCACACGGGCGAGAAGCCCUACAAAUGCCUCGAGUGCGGGAAGUUCUUCCGUGACCGCUCUAACCUCAUCACCCACCAGAGGAUCCACACCGGGGAGAAGCCCUACCGGUGCCGGGAGUGUGGCAAAUGCUUCAACCAGAGCUCCAGCCUAAUUAUCCACCAGAGGACCCACACUGGAGAGAAGCCCUACAAGUGCACAGAGUGUGGCAAAGACUUCAACAACAGCUCCCACUUCAGUGCCCACCGCAGAACCCACACAGCUGGGAAGGCAUCGUAGGAGACCCUCCCCGAGCACAAGCACAGAAGGCAACCAGUGUUUACCUCCCCCAAGGGCACAGGACACAUGCUAAAAAGAAGUCCACCUGUUUGUAAACUGAGUGUACACCCAGGGAGGUUAUCUUGGUAUGAUCCAGGUAAUUUGGAAGUGAAUGCAGACACUAAGGAUCCACACUGGAGUGUUGCUUGUUCUUCUCCUGUAAGAAAACAAACAAACAAAACACACUACAUAAUCUUCAGGCUGUCCUUGUGUUUGCUGUGAGAGCUUCCAUAGUGUUUGAGCCUAACUGGGCACGUAGAAGAGUAGGAUUAAAGUAGUGAGCCCACCACUGAGUCCAGCGGCAGUCAUCAACCCUGGCUUUGCCAGUACAGCGUCUCCAUGCAUACACCCCUUAUCUGCGGUGGCUUGUCAUGUGUGGCAGUCUAUAGUUGGAAUCUGUUCUCACAGAACUUUAAGACUUGAUGGGGAAGGGGAGAGAGGCACAAUUGAGAAUUGGUAGCCAAAACAGUCCGUCAUAAGGUCAGCCAAAGUGUAGCAAUGAUAAUGACCCUACCGUAGAAUCAUUAGCAGUGGUGAGAACAGGCAGUGUUUAUUAAGCGUUUGCCCCUUGGCCGGCUCUGUGCUACGUACUUACAACAGCAUCUUGCUGAAUCCUCACGGCAGCCCCAGGACAGCUCCUGGUGUUCUCCCCGUUCCCCGAAGGAGAAAGCCGAGGUCGGGGCCACUGGAGUGAUUUGUGAGCUGGUGUGACAGGAGUCAGGCCAGUCUGGCUGUCUCCCGAGCCUGACACACCCUUCCGUUUAGGGCAGGGAUUUGGGUGCCAGGAUCUCAGACACUUUGCGGAUCAUUUCUUGUAUAAUCACAUCACGAGUUCUCCUUUGAACAAAUAUGCAAGCUGAGAACAGACUUGGGCUCUUCGGUCCUGGUGAAGGGCUUUGAGCACAGCCAAGCUCUUAGCAGAGCACUCAGGAGUUCCAUCUGGAUGGUGCCCAGGGUGAGAGAGACAGGCAGACACUGGACACGGGGACCCAAGGGAUGUUGCUCCCAGUGGGGUCUUGCUUUCACUGAGCCAGUGGGGCUUGAGUGUCUCUUUCCUCGGGGAUCAGCCGUGCUUCCUGUUAAAUCAAGGUUAAGCCUUCCAGGGUGCCAGGGCUGCUCGCCAGCCCUUACAGCCUCGUGCUUUUGCCUGUCUGGCCUUUUCCCCUUUGGUGUGGUGACUCCCAUGCCAGACAGGUGGAAGGAGCUGAUGUCUCCACUGACAGGACCUUGGACACUGCUGCACAUUCCAGAUUCUGGUGCCACUUUAUCCUAAGUCAUGUUGCAGGUCCACCCAUACUUUCCCCUUACUGCCCAGGCAGACCAGCCUCCCACCUGGACAGCUAAGUCAGAAAGGCUUUGGGCUCUAGAGCCUCUCCUUACAAGCAUUUCCUUUGGAUUUUAAAGGAAGACCCCUCAGGUGAUAGCACCUCUGACAUUGGGUUAAGUUAUGGCCUUGGGAAAUCCCUGUCUGAACAUGAUGACUGGAAGACUGGAGCUCUGGAUUCCUAUGCAGGGAAGUCAGAGGAGAGGUGGGGCACUGCACCCUUGCCAUGCCCCAGAACCUGCCUUCCCAAGCACUGGGAACACCACCUGUCACCUCCUUCCCUGUGGGCCCUUCCUGGAUCACAUUCCCUCAGGGCAGGAGUCAUGGGUGAGGUUUGGAUGGAAACCAGCGUAUGUUGUUAUCUGCAAGGGGAAGGUGGUAGUGAGAGAGGAAGGGUUAGUAAUUGCAAGAGAAGGUGUGACGGCAAAGGAAGGGUUCCAGAAUCAGGGAAGGGAAUUCUCGACAAAGGCACUGUGGCAUGAAAGCUUGGGUUCAGGGUAGGGCCUGGAAGCUGAGGUGAGCACUGUUGCUGUGUGAAAUAGGUAGUGGGGAGUUUGGGGAGCUGCCUUUGGAGGGGUGCUUAGGGAAGGGUUAUGUAGCACCUUGAGUAUGAAUGGAGCGUGGACUGUAGUUUCAGCGAGACAUGUUCUAAUAUGCAUUGUCGAAAUCCAACAUCCUAUUGGAACUUGGAUAUGCUACCAUUAGAGUGGCCUGUUGGGACACUAUUGGAACAUUCCAAUUAAGAGUGAGGUCUGACUUGGAUCAAUGUUUCCUUUAAAAUGUGGAAGGAUUUAAGGGGUCAGGGGAUAACAGAGUGAAGCUAGAUGCCUUUGGUGGGGUCUGUAUCCAUCAUAACUGGUGCAUGAGGAGAUGCAGGCUGGACAGGUGGGCAAGUGGUUACAUGGCUUGUUUGAGGUAUUUUGAAUUUCGUGCCUAGAAGAGAUGUGGGAUGAUGUGCCUGUGAAGAUUUAAGGCUGAAGGAGAGUUUAGAACCAGAGUUUCCUGGGAUAACAUGGGCGCUAAAUUCAAAAGGGGGUUGUGUUUAAGACAAAGAAGUGUUGGGCCUAGAACUUGAUAAGCCCCCCAAAUAAGGGGACGCUACCUCUCAAAGGGUACUCUACACUCCCACCAUGUCUCCCUCCUCCUGCCUUUUGGGGGUCAUUGCCCUGCCUUUCUACUGACUCAUGAAUUCUCUGUGAGUUUUCUGGAAUGUUCACUGUAGAAGCCAGGCUGAGCUUUGGGUGGAAGGGAGAUGGUGGCCCUCUCCACCUUGAGUGUCAUCCUUGCCCCUGCUCUUGGAGCAGUCUUAUGCUUUCAGGGAACAGUUUCAGUGUUUGUAUUAACUAUAGGGUCCACCAUGAAAGCAAAGGCAGUGUGGAUUGGAAAGCAACACUAAGUUCGGCAAUCUCCCCCUGUCCACCUGACUCUCCCUUUGGAAGGACUGUGUCAGGUGACAUCAGUGUUUGGGUCAUCCCCCUGCCAGGGCAUCCAGGCAUUCUCAAGCAGAUGGUAAGGCCCCUUCCCCAGCUAGCCACAGUCCCUUCCUUGAUUUCUGUCCCUGCUACUCCAAUACGGGCUUUGUCCCAUCUGAAGGGACCAAAAGGCACCCGUUAGCCUGAUUCCACAGACUUCACCAGAGGUGGUGCACCCAAAGGUAGAGGCAAGGCAAUCAGUCCAGGCAGCGUUGGAUGUCUGGUUUGUCCUUAGGCCCUGGCAUCACUGCUGAACUUGUGGUUGUGGCUGCCCCAGCCAUACUGUCCCCUCCCAUUGCUGCUCCCAAUGCACUGUAAAGCAACCGAAGUCCCUGUGCUGAGCAUUAGGACUUUGAGGUAGCUCUUCUUCCUGGCUCGUCCUGUUCUGAGACCUCUGGGCCACAGGGGAGAGUGGAGGAAGGAAGCACCUUUGGGCCUGGGCUGUGGAAGUGUCGAGUUAUGUCUGGAAUGGAAGCGAGUGGUGGUGGAUUCCCCUUACCUGGGCUGCCCAAGACUGUGUACACUGGAGUUCUGCCCUAGCUUCCAUCCCAUGGGCACUUUCUAAACCCACUGUGUGGAUGCUGAUGACUUUCAACUCUGUCUCCUGCCCUGGCCUCUCCUCGAAGGAGCCCAGCUGCCAACUGAUCAGCCUUGCUUGGUGACUGCAGCUUCAGAAACCCCAAGGCCAUCUGCAGCCAUCAUUGGUCUCUCCGCCCACCUGCUCAGCACGCACAUUGACUAGUGGCUUACUUGAAGGCUGCCUGCAUGUGCCCUGGGCCUUUUACAAUCUCAGUCCUGUCCUG